CUCCUGUUCAUCUGUUAGGGAGGUAGGUAAGGUGCCUGUAUUUAUUUUUUUGUUUAUUUUGUGAAUAGUUAAGUUAGAAUAUUCAGAAAGAUUGAUCUGUUUAUUGUUAUGGGUGAGGCUCACCCUGACGCCUAUUGCUACCACAACACUAAUGUGCAUUGUGACAUCAGUUAGUCCACUUUCUGCACCAUCCAAAUCAUGGGACUCUGAGAACAUGGGGUCAAUGCUGCUGUUGUAUUUUAUUUCAUAUAAUUACUUCUGUCAAUCAACAUUUUAAAAGAUAAGCAUGCAUUCUAAAGGUCAUUGAAUCACUUUGCCUUUUUUUCAGCAAAAAUGUAAUGAUUUCUCCGUUUCCAGCUCCUUAAAUGAAUACUUUCAUGUUUUCUGUGAUGGGUAGGCUAGAAUGAACAUCUUGUAUUCAGACAAAACAAUAUGUAUACUGUACCUAUAUUUUGUGGACUAAACAAUUAUUGAUUCAUCAAGAAAGUAAUCAUCAGAUUAAUACAAAUAGGACUACUAUUACAUGGUAAGAAGUCUUUAGACUCAGUCGUAGUUUUAAACACAGUAACAGACAGAAUCAUAUUUUAGAAUAAUAAUUACCCUCUCAUUUUUCCUCUCUUCCCCACCUCAAUUUUCUAUCCAUCCAUCUCAUAAGUACACACACACAACAGCAACCGUGUUAACGUAAACAGUCGCCCGCGCACACACACACACACACACACACAGCGAUCAUGCGCUGCAGAAAAGCACCAGUAUUUUGCGUUUGAUCAUGCACUGUAAAGAUCUGACUGUGCAACUUAUUUUGUCCUUUUACCACACACCUGAGUGGCUUUUAUAGGGGUAGACGAUAAGGGAACAUGUACGCACGCCUCACGCAAGCGCGCACUCUGCUUUAAAUAGGGUGUUUUGUAGGCGCUCUCAGCAAGGAUCGGUACAUACAUACCGAUGAACACAGUGGCAUCCCACUCCAGGGAUCGGUAAAUACCGCUGAACAACAGCAUACUAUCGGCCACCUUUCGAUCUCGGCGCUACUGCAUCUUUUUCACUGAGUGGAAGCAAUGGGACAGAUAGUAGCACCAAUGAUCAGCUAAACAUCUGGAUCCACCAAAUUACAAGUCAGAGGGCAUUAAAGUAAAAAUAAUGGAGGAGCAGUCUGCAGGCUUCAUCUUGGCCGACUACGCAGUCUUUUCUUCCAUGCUGUUGGUCUCUAUGUCCAUCGGACUCUUCCAGGCCCUGAAGAAGAGGCCAGGGGACGCCACUGCUGAUGACUUCUUCACCGGGGGUCGGAGCAUGCCGGCAGUGCCUGUUGGGCUGUCGCUCUGUGCCAGUUUUAUGUCAGCAGUCCAGGUUCUUGGUGUGCCCUCCGAGGCGUCUCGCUAUGGCUUUAAAUUCCUCUACAUGUGCCUCGGACAAAGCAUCAGUUCCCUGCUGACAGCUUACCUUUUCCUGCCAGUUUUCUUUCGACUGGGAAUCACCAGCACCAAUCAGUAUCUGAAGAUGAGAUUUGGCAGAGGGAUGCAGCUGUUGGGGAGUAUCCAGUUUCUGGUGGCAACGCUGCUUUACACAGGGAUUGUCAUCUAUGCACCUGCCUUGAUCCUUAACCAAGCUACUGGACUCAAUAUGUGGGUGUCUCUGUUUUCUACUGGGAUUAUUUGCACACUGUACACCACGCUGGGUGGCAUGAAAGCUGUGAUCUGGACUGAUGUGUUCCAGAUUAUAGUCAUGUUGGCUGGCUUCGUGGCCAUUUUCAUCCACGGUACAGUUCUGGUUGGUGGUCCUGCAAUGGUGCUGGAAAUCGCCAGAAAUGGAUCACGCAUUAAUUUCAAUGAUUUUAGCGUUGACCCACGGCAGCGCUAUAGUUUUUGGAGCCUGUCUGUCGGAGGUGCAUCGGUUUGGCUGUCCAUGUACGGGGUAAACCAAGCUCAAGUCCAGCGCUACAUCUCCUGCAGAACAGAAAAAGAUGCCCAGUGGGCGCUGCUUGUGAAUCAAGUGGGUCUGUGCCUCAUCGUGAGCAGUGCAGCAACAUGCGGCAUCGUCAUGUUUGCUUAUUACAUCAACUGUGAUCCACUGAUGUCUGGGAGAAUUUCUGCUCCGGAUCUGUACAUGGCCUACUUUGUGUUGGACAUAUUCAGAAAUCACCCUGGAUUUCCAGGUCUCUUCCUUGCCUGUGCAUACAGCGGAACGCUGAGCACGGCCUCUACAAGUAUCAAUGCAAUGGCUGCAGUAACAAUGGAGGAUCUGCUGAGGCCUCGUCUGCGCCUCAUGACCCAGAAGAAAUUGAUACUCAUUUCGAAAGGACUGUCGUUCCUGUACGGAGUUAGUUGUAUCACAGUAGCUGCUCUCUCUUCUCUCCUGGACUGGGGAGUUCUUCAGGGAUCGUUCACAGUAAUGGGUGUGGUCAGUGGUCCAAUACUGGGUGUAUUCAUUUUGGGGAUGUUUGUCCCAGCAGCAAACAGGCUGGGGGCGUUCUCAGGAAUCAUCGUGGGCUUCUGUGUCUCUCUGUGGCUGGCUGUUGGUUCAACUCUUUACCCUCCCAGUGAGGAGACCAUGGGUGUGCUGCCCUUCUACACAGGCGGGUGUGGACCCAGCAACAUCACCCUGAACAGCAGCCGUCCCCAGGACCAACACUCCAUCUCCACGCUACCUUACCCCGAUGACCAGGGGGGCUUGCUUGACUUCUACUCCCUGUCCUACCUCUACUUUGGUCCCAUGGCAACUUUUUCGGUCAUUCUAGUCGGGCUGAUAGUGAGCUAUGCAACAGGACCAACAAAGAGGAUUGAUAUUAAAGAGGGCUUGUUGUGGUGGGAUCUGGACAAAAAGCAAGUAGAGGUCCUAUCAAAGCACAGAGGAGAUGAGGUAACAGAUAAACCACAGCUUGUGCCUUUGAUGGAGAUGCAUAAAGAAGAAACGAAAGAAGAACCACUCUGAGUUUAAGUGUUGAACAGCUUUUUAAAAAUUCCAAAUAGCACUAAUGGGAGGUUAUCGUCUCCAGUGGCAGUAAGCAUUUUAUCACAACUCCUAAUUCCUUAAGUUGUGUCUCUUUCUAAGUCUGCUCCACAUUUGGUGCUAUGUUUAAUCAAAACAAAAUCCUUCAAAUGUUAUUGGAUAAUGACAGUCUUUAUUUUCGUGACAAGGAAGGUAUAGACUCUAAUCAAAAACCCUCAGGUUUUAUUUGAAUUCCUGUAAUGCCGAAAGUCUCUUUCAUCACAAUAGUCAUUCUGGUAUGUUCCAUAUCUGGAGCAAUGCACACCUGCACUUCAACCAGUGUGAAUGGAUAUGUGACGGGUGGCCUGGGGUAAACUGUGGGUGUGUGCAUUACCAGAUAUUCAACUCUUGUUUCAUGUUCAAGCUCAUGUCCUUACAUAACUUUUAAUGUCCUCUUAAAUAGACAGUAAAGGGAGAGUCUUUUUUCUUUACAUACAAAAUGGAAGAUCUAUUUUGCCUGUGAUGCCUGGUAUGGCUUUCCAUGUAAAUCACAUUUAUCCUAUAAUUGCCGCAGUUGCCGCCGUUUAGCAAAAGUUAUAUCGGCCGGUUUCAACUAAUGUACACUCCCAAGUACAACUACCAGUGGUAUUAGCAGUUUUCAACACCUUUAAUCUAUUCCAAGGUUUUAUAGUACAUGCCUAAAGCACAACUUAUAUAACAACAAUAAAUGAAAUUAUUGUUAUUAUCUACAUUACAAGCUUUUUUUCAUCUGUGACUCAUGAAAAAAGUCCCCAGUAUCCUAGAAAUUGGCAAUUAAUGUUAGUAAUACACUGGGUCUAAACCAUUGUCUGUGAGUGUGUUGGGUAAAAUAGUGGCACUACUGAGAUAAUGAUAGCCUGUUGAAACUUUGCUAUCCGGCUCUUCAAAGGCCUGUGGAGGCUUUCUGGACACCUCCAUUGGUAGACAGUUCAUCAAGUGUUUCAGUUCGGUAUCAGUAGGGAGGAGCCAGUGAUGUGAAUUUGUAAUCAGUCAGAAUCACAUAAUUUAUAGAAUUCAUAGAAAUGACAGAAAUAGGGAGAUGACCUAGAGAUUGAGCUAAGAACAAUUUCUGUGGUUUUAGGUGAAAAUAAGUAUGAGUAACAAUAAUAAUGAGGACAACAAACAACAACCAUAAUCAUAAUAAUUAUUAAUAUAACAAUAAUAAUAACCCCAGUAGUAAUAUUAAUAAUAACACAUAGAAGAAGAAUUAUUGGAAUAAUAAUGAUAUUAUAGACAGUGGUGGAAGGUGACUACAUACAUUUACUCAAGAAUCAAGUAUAGUUCUACAUAGUACUAGUACUUUAGUACAACUUUAAUGUACUUGAGUUCUUUCAUGUUAAGGUACUUUGAUACUUAUAAAUACAUUAAAAUGAAUCCCGCCUUGACAACAGACA